GAUCAACCCACCUCCCUCUCCGUUCCCUGUAACUCUUGCAGAUAUAUUGUCGACCAUGAACCUCGGUGUCACCCAGACUUCCGAACAGUCCCAGGCGCUCUACCUCAGAACGAUCCCAGCCAUCCGCGAGAGAUGCAGUCGCGUGCACAAGCUCGCCGAGCAAGGCAGACUGGAGUACUUUGACUAUCACCCAGAUAAGGAGGAUCAGGUAGCAGAGUUCUGCGAGGGGAUUAUCAGGCGCGACUUUGGGUCCAACUUUGCAGGUAUCCCGCCUCAUGGUCGCUGGAGACACUUGGACGCCGGCUUGCCGCGUGUCGAGCCCCUCGUCGCAGAGUGGAACGCGCAGCCGAAUCCGCCUGACACCAAGGAGAUCUGUAGACGUCUCGUCGACCUGUUCCUCGUCUCUGUCCUCCUCGACGCCGGUGCGGGCAACGAUUGGACGUACAGUGAAGCCACCUCCGGCAAAUCGUUUGCCCGAUCGGAGGGUUUGGGUGUUGCGAGCGUGCACAUGUUCAAGGAGGGUUUGUUCUCCGGCAACAAAGAGCAACCAUUCCAGGUGGACGCCAAGGGUUUGUCCCAGCUUACUAGCAAGAAGGUGGGUGAAGCGUUUCAGGUGACCGAGAAGAACCCGAUGGUCGGGCUAGAAGGCAGGACUUCGCUCCUCGUCAAUCUCGCCCAGGCACUCAAGGCGAACCCCACUUUCUUCGGGGAAGAAGCACGCCCCGGUAGAUUAAUUGACUUCCUCGACCAACAGUCCCGCGCCGAGAACGGCAAGACCAAGGUGCACGUCUCUUCGCUGUGGUACGCGCUCAUCGAGGGGCUCGCGCCCAUCUGGCCCCCGCGCACAUCCAUCGGCGGCUUUGCCCUCGGCGAUGUCUGGCAAUGCAACGCGCUCGCACUUGCGGGCAACGAGGGUACAGAGGCGCUCGUGCCGUUCCACAAGCUCACCGGGUGGAUCACGUACAGCCUCAUGGAGCCCAUGGAGCGGUUCCUCGGCUGGGAAUUCGAGGGUGUCGAGGACAUGACGGGGUUACCCGAAUAUCGGAAUGGUGGUCUGCUGGUGGACUUUGGCGUCCUGACGCUUCGUCCUGGGAAGCUCCCUGCAGAUGCGGUCUCGACCGAGGGUCUUCCCAGAGUGCCGCCUUCUCAUCCCGCCAUCAUCGAGUGGAGAGCAAUGACGGUCAUCCUCCUCGACCGCAUCACGGCGGCUCUUCGCACCCGUCUCAAUGCCCCGCUUUCCCUCACUCAGGUCCUUGAAUCUGCUACCUGGAAGGGCGGACGCGAGAUUGCGAAGCAGAAGCGUCCCCACUCGGGCGGUCCUCCUAUCGAGAUCGAAAGCGACGGCACUGUAUUCUAACGAUCGCGAACAGUGGUUAAUUUGCCUGCCGUACGCUGGAUGUCUAAGCAGAAGUCCGAGUCGUACCAAGCCAGAGAAAGAAAUAAGGGAAUGGGCGUAUAAUAGUCUUCCACCUUCCAUCCAUCAUUGUAUGUACUAUUACCUCCAGCAAAGAUCAUA